GUGGUUGGGCAGGAAGCUGGCACGAACAUUGCGGCUGCAGCCAGAUUCUGAAAGUCCGAGCUGGGACAGGCCGCAAGAGGUCUUAGAAGUGGUCGGUUCCUGGUGCUGGUUGUCGAGAGACCGCAGUCAGCCUCAGUCUCCAUAUCUGGAAAAUGGGAGGCAUCGUCAGCUUGGCAAAAAUAGCAACAUCCGGCAACACGAAGACUCUGCCACCAGACAGCCUUGGCAAGCAGGCACGGGGGCUGGAGCCCGGAGAUGAGCAUGCCCAGGAGAGAUGUGAGCUGGGCAGGCCUCCGGCUGACCUGUCCCUGAAGCGGGCCCCCAGGCCGGGCCUGUCCCACCCCUGGCCGGGCAUGCGCCUGUCGGUGCGCAGGGCGCUGCUGGCAGCCGGCUGCGCCCUGGCUCUGGUGCUGGCGGUCCAGCUAGGGCAGCAGGUGCUGGAGUGCCGCCAGGUGCUGGCGGGCCCACGGAGCCCCCGGCGGGUCAUGCGGCCGGAGCAGGAGGAGCUGGUGAUGGUGGGCGCCGACCACGUGGAGUACCGCUACGGCAAGGCCAUGCCGCUCAUCUUCGUGGGCGGCGUGCCCCGCAGCGGCACCACGCUCAUGCGCGCCAUGCUGGACGCCCACCCCGAGGUGCGCUGCGGCGAGGAGACCCGCAUCAUCCCCCGCGUGCUGGCCAUGCGCCAGGCGUGGUCCAAGUCCGGCCGGGAGAAGCUGCGACUGGACGAGGCGGGGGUGACAGACGAGGUGCUGGACGCUGCCAUGCAGGCCUUCAUCCUGGAGGUGAUCGCCAAGCACGGCGAGCCAGCCCGCGUGCUGUGCAACAAGGACCCCUUCACGCUCAAGUCCUCCGUCUACCUGUCGCGCCUGUUCCCCAACUUGCUGAUGCUGCGGGACGGCCGCGCCUCGGUGCACUCCAUGAUCACGCGCAAGGUCACCAUCGCCGGCUUCGACCUCAGCAGCUACCGCGACUGCCUCACCAAGUGGAACAAGGCCGUCGAGGUCAUGUACGCGCAGUGCAUGGAGGUGGGUAAGGACAAGUGCCUGCCCGUGUACUACGAGCAGCUGGUGCUGCACCCCAAGCGCUCCCUCAAGCUCAUCCUAGACUUCCUGGGCAUCGGCUGGAGCGACGCCGUCCUGCACCACGAGGAGCUCAUCGGCAAGCCCGGCGGCGUCUCCUUGUCCAAAAUCGAGCGGUCCACAGACCAGGUCAUCAAGCCUGUGAACCUGGAAGCACUCUCCAAGUGGACUGGCCACAUCCCUGGGGACGUGGUGCGGGACAUGGCCCAGAUCGCCCCCAUGCUCGCUCGGCUGGGCUACGACCCAUAUGCAAACCCACCCAACUACGGCAACCCAGACCCCAUCGUCAUCAACAACACACACCGGGUCUUGAAAGGGGACUAUAAAACACCGGCCAAUCUGAAAGGAUACUUUCAGGUGAGCCAGAACAGCACCUCCUCCCACCGAGGAAGCUCGUGAUUUCCAGGUAGGCCUACACACUUCCCUGGGAGCCCCAUCUCCAGAUCUCUGCAAAUGGCUUUGUUGCCAAGAAGAGAAGAAACUGCAUUCUAGUGGAAAUCGGACCUCUAAUCCAAGCAUAUUGCUUGCUAUUAAUCGCCAAAACAGGACUGCCCAUGAGGGACGUAUUUGCAUAUGUUUGCAAAAGCUGAGUCAUUGAGAACGGGCCUGGAAACUCUCUCUUCGGACACUCUGGGGUAGAGAGUGGAGAGCAUGAAAGUUGUCUGGCUUUUGAAACUUAGGCAUUUUGUAUUUUUCCCCUCAAGAACUUCUUUCUAAAGAGAUGGAUUUGCCAUCCUUGUUCAUUUGCAGGACCGCCUUCGUGGCUUUGUUUUCUGGGACAAGGCCCACAACCUGUGCCUCUCCUCUUGACCCUGAUUUUGAAUUCAAAGGAAUCUAUUUAAGAAUUUAAUAUAUGAGGCUUUCUGUGAUUCCUCCUCAGUUCUACUGUUUCAGAAGACAAAAACUUAUUUGAAUAAAGUGAACAGGGGCUCAUCUGUCUGUGCCUUACUUUA